AUGUUGCUCAAUGCCAACAUCGCCCUCUCUUCAUCAAAAGCUCUCCUAGUCCCAUAUUCAUCGUGGCACGUACCUCAAUACCAUGAAUGGAUGAAAGACCCGGAUAUCCAAGAAGCAACUGCCUCAGAGCCAUUAAGCAUAGAAGAAGAAUACUCGAUGCAACGCAGCUGGCGCCAAGACGCCGACAAAUUAACAUUCAUCGUCUGCCGAGCAAUAUCAACAGGCUCCGAAGGCGACAUUCCAAGCCAAAGCCAGCUCCUAGGUGAAAGUGACUCGCCGGCCAGCAUGGUCGGCGACAUCAAUCUGUUCCUCCGCAUUGACGAUGGCGACGAAGGCAACAGCCCGCCGCAAAUCGUCGGCGAGAUCGAGCUCAUGGUGGCCGAGAAAGUGAACCAGCGGCGCGGAUUUGGGCGUGCGGCGCUGCUUAUGUUCAUGAGGUAUAUUAUUCAGAAUCAAGGGGCGAUCUUGGAUGAAUUUGUUGGUGGGGGUGAUGUUGAUGUAGAGACUGUGAGAAAGUUAAAGACUGGGGUUGAGACAGCGGGAUCGUCGGAGGGUUUAUCGCUUGAAUGUUUUAGUGUUAAGAUCGGACAGGCGAAUUUGAGGAGUUUGGCGCUGUUCGAGUCGACGGGUUUUGUGAGGUGUUCGGAUGAGCCGAACUUCUUUGGCGAGUUUGAGUUGCGAUGUACGGAUUUGAGUCUUGGGAGCAUCGAUGGGGCGCUUGAUAAGGCUGGUGUUAAGGGGUUUAUUGCUUUGCCUUAUGGACGUACGGAAUAA